AUGCUGACUGCUUCUGCGAAACCAGUGCCGAAACUUCCACCUAGGCGAGAGCCAAGAACUGUCUACAACUACAAGAGCAAAGCGGGGAAUCCAAGUUCUACGAGGAUUCUGCUCGAGACGAGACAAGUUUGGAACGCCAGCAAGUCGCAGCGCGAACUUAGGACAACGGAUUGUAAGGUGGCGAAAGCAAAAGUGCCAGAGGUCUUCGAGGGAUGCGACGACGGUAGAUCAAUGAGGCUAGCAUCACAAGCCGAGGAUAUUCCAUAA